AUGAAAGCAAAUGAUUCCUUUGAUGAUAAUUGGUUAAUUAUUCCAGUAAAUUUCAAUCAAAAAUUAGUUAGAUCAUAUUACUGGCCAGCAUUAUUUUUAUUAUUCUUUUCAAUUAUUGGUAUUAUUGGAAAUUUAUUAGUUUGUCUUGCGAUUGGAACUGAACGACGUUUACAUAAUCCAACGAAUUGGUAUAUUUUUUCAUUAGCACUUGCUGAUAUGUUGAUUUCAGGAAUUGUUAUUCCAUUAGCUACUGUUAAAGAAUUUACAGGUUUUUGGAUAUUUGGUCCAAUUUUAUGCGAUUUUUGGUUAUUUUUGGAUGUUUGUUCAUGUACAUCAUCUAUCAUGCAUAUUGUUGUUAUAUCAAUUGAUCGUUAUUUAGCAAUAGAAGAUCCACUAAAUGUUCGUUUACGACAAAAAAAAUAUCAAAUAUGUUUUUGUAUAAUAGUUAUAUGGUUAAUAGCUAUAUUAUUAUCAUCACCAAUGAUUAUACUUGGUGCAAUUAAUCCAUAUAAUAUUAUAAUUAAUGGACAAUGUUUAAUCAAUAAUCAAUUUUUUGUUAUAUAUGGUAGUGUUGUUUCAUUUGUUAUUCCAUUGAUUAUUGUUAUUAUUAUGUAUACUUUAACUGUACGUCGUUUAAAAAAACAAAUAAAACAAUGUCAAACACAUUUUGCUCAAGAACAAAUAACGAAUACAGUUAAUCUUGUUGCUAAACCAUUUUUACGACAAAAAACAAACGCAACAACAAGUAAUAAUCAAUUAAAUAUUUCAUCUCAAUCAUUAACAAUUCCAUCAAUAGAAUUAAAACGUAGACGUUUUCAACGACAAGAAACAAGUUUUGAUUUAAGUGAAGAUAGUUUCAAUAAUAUAUGUUUAGAUAAAGAUAAAUAUCCAUCAUUAGCAAAUGAUCUUCAAAAUGAUAAAUCAUCUAUUCAUAGUGAUUAUACAUGUCCACGAAAUUCAAAUUGUCUUGAAGAUGAUGAAACAACAAAUCUUCAUUUAACUUCAUCUCAUCAAGCUCGUCCAAUGUCAUUAUCAGUACCAAUGAUUUCUCAUCAUCCAUCAUUAACUUCAAUUAAUCAAGUAAAACGACAUAAAGAUCGUUUAGUUCUUAUUCCAAGUUUAGGAACAACACGUUCAAAAUCUUCAGCUGUACGUAAUGAACAAAAAGCUGUCAAAGUUCUUGGUGUUGUUUUUGUUAUAUUUGUAAUCGCAUGGUUUCCAUUUUGUAUUAUGAAUAUUUUACGUGGUGUUUGUAAACAUUGUUCAAUUAAUGAAAAUUUAUUAAAUAGUUUUGUUUGGCUUGGUUAUGUGUCAGCAUCAAUUAAUCCAGUUGUUUAUACAAUGUUCAAUCGAAAUUUUCGUUUAAAAUUUAUUGCAUUACUUAAAUGUCAUUGUUUAUAUUCACGUGAUCAACAAAAACGAUUAUUAUAUUAUCAAAGUCAUUCAUCAUUACAUGGUUCAAGAAUUUUACGUAAAAAUGGUUUAGUACAAAAUGAUAUUCGACGUUUUAAUGCACAUAGAUAA